GUUUACUUCGUGCUCAUGCAAUAUUCGUGCUUCCAGAUGCAACCAGAAAUCGGUUUGAUUUGUGCACUUUUCGCAAUAUUUGCUGUGCAAUCGGCGGAUGCAGAAUGCAACAAAGUAAACGAGCGGGAGAUGUUGAAAAAGGCAGUCGAAUAUGCCUUACCAACGGAGCAUCAGUGGCUGGCGCGAAUCACCUAUAAGAAUGGUGAUGAGUCGAAACUGCCGGAUAAUAGUUGCCUGGGAGCGCUCGUAUCAAAGCUCAGUGUCCUGGCGCCCGCCCACUGUUUCCUCCAAUACAGCGACAUGGUGGAGGCGUAUUCUGUGCAGCUUGGCGUAUGGAACAAGAGUUCCAAAGCGGACGAUCUGAAUUGCGACGAUGAAGGGUAUUGUGUACUAGCCGCACAGGAUAUACCGGUGGCGGAGAUUGCCAUACAUCCCGAAUACGAUCCAUUGACGCUGAAGCACAGUCUUGCCGUCCUCACACUGGCACGGAGUGCGGAGCUGACGCCAAAUGUGAUUCCCAUCUGUAUGCCGCCGCAGUCGGUGAUGAAUGAGACGGUGGUUAAUGAGAUAUUUGUGCUGGCGGGUCUGCCCAUUAAAGGUGACUUGAAGCACAAGACAUUUGUGAAUACGAUCAGUCGACCCUUCUGCAAGAAUGAUAAGAUUGGCGAAUUAGUUACCAGUGGUACCGCCUUUUGCGGCAUACAGGAUCUAAAUAAUCGGUACUAUUUGGGUGCACCACUGGUCGGGUUACAUGUGAAAUUUGAUGAGCCGCAAAAUUACUAUUUGGCCGGUCUGCUCCUCGACUCCCGCGAAGCAAAGUCGCCAAAGCGUACUGUGGCCAGUUUUCUGGAUAUCCGUCCCUAUAUGAGUUUCAUUAACCGCAAUGCCAAAGAACUUAGUGUGAACAACUGAAAUCGGUGCGGUGAACCGAUUUUAAAUCCCGAAACAAACAUAAAUUAUCCCGUCCGGAGGCUUUAACACAUGCAUUUGUAAUUGCUUCAAAUGUCUUAUCAAUAUUGACAAUAAAAGAUAAAAUAUAAUUUGCUAAUUGUUCUUCAUUUAGCUUUAUAAGUCAAACAAUAUCAAAAAAUAAAUAAGUAAACAUUUUGAA